AUAGAGUCGGAUCCCAGCAGCAGCUACAGCGGCUCUCAUCUCUCCUGACUCUCCUUGCUAUCUCCUUUUCGCUUCCGGAAACAUGGCCUCCGGCAUGGCGGUCUCUGAUGGCGUCAUCAAAGUGUUCAAUGACAUGAAGGUGCGCAAGUCCUCGACACCAGAGGAGGUGAAGAAGCGCAAGAAGGUGGUGCUCUUCUGCCUGAGCGAGGACAAGAAGAACAUCAUCUUGGAGGAGGGCAAGGAGAUCCUGGUGGGUGAUGUGGGCCAGACUGUAGAUGACCCCUACACCACCUUUGUCAAGAUGCUGCCAGACAAGGACUGCCGCUAUGCCCUCUACGACGCAACCUACGAGACCAAGGAGAGCAAGAAGGAGGACCUGGUGUUUAUCUUCUGGGCACCUGAGUCUGCACCCCUCAAGAGCAAAAUGAUUUAUGCCAGCUCCAAGGAUGCCAUCAAGAAAAAGCUGACGGGGAUCAAGCAUGAAUUACAAGCAAACUGCUACCAGGAGGUCAAGGACCGCUGCACCCUGGCAGAGAAACUGGGGGGCAGUGCCGUCAUCUCCCUGGAGGGCAAGCCUUUGUGAGCCCCCUCCAGCCCCCUGCCUGGAGCAUCUGGCAGCCCCAGACCCUGCCCAUGGGGGUUGCAGGCUGCCCCCUUCCUGCCAGACUGGAGGGGCUGGGGGGAAUCCCAGCAGGGGGAGGGCAAUCCCUUCACCCCAGUUGCCAAACAGCCCCCCUCACCCCCUGGACCUUCCUCUUCCCUCUAUCGCUGACGGUUCUGGCCUUCCCAAACCGCUUUUGAUCUUCUGAUUCCUCUUGGGUUGAAGCAGACCAAGUUCCCUCCAGGCACCCCAGUUUGGGGGGGGCCUGUAUUUUUUUUAACGACACCCCAAUUCCCCACCUGUUCCUCUCUUUUCCCAUGGUGCCAACUUCUAACCGCAAUAGUGACUCCGUGCUUGUCUGUUUAGUUCUGUGUAUAAAUGGAAUGUUGUGGAGGUGACCCCCUCCUUGCACCGCCUGGUUCCCCUCCCCUUUUCCCCUGGUCUUGGCCACCCGUGGAAGCAGGACCAGUAAGGGACCUUCAAUUAAAAAAAAAAAAACAACACACACACA